ACUAAAGGAAGCACCUAAAAAUCAGCAUGGAGGCAACUGCAGUGAUUUCUCGGCAAUAUGAACCACGAGUUGCCAAGAGGAUUUACGUGUUUAAGAAUGGACAGGACAAUGAGAGGCCCAGGAUGCUAGUAAUCAAUGAAAGACACAUCAAGGACUUUAACACGCUCCUGAACAGGGUUACCAGUGGAAUUAAGGCACCAAUCGCAGUCAGAAACCUCUACACUCCGAGCAAGGGAAGCAAAGUGGACAAACUAGACAGUAUUGAAAAUGGGAAGCAUUAUGUUGCCGGGGGCAAUGAGCAUUUCAAAAAGCUUAGAUAUUCAAGAUAUUCUCAGUUACAUUCACGUCUACAGCCACACAGUAAAGAUGCAAGCAAAGCUUCUCCUGCAAGGCCUGCCAUACAAGUAGUGUCAAGAUUCUUGAAUUUACCUGAGAAGCCAUACUUUAUACAUGUAUUUAGAAAUGGUGAUAUCUCGUAUCAAGGAGCUCGUGUACUACUAUCAAGAAGAAUAAUGGGAUCUCUUGAGCAUGUCUUAGAGCUAAUCACAGAGAAAGUUGAGCUCACACUGCCAGCUAAGAGACUAUGCACACUCGAUGGUCAGACCAUUCACUCUGCAGCAGACAUUAAAGAUGGAGAGCAGUAUGUGGCUGUCCAGGGAUCAAAGAGAUUUAUGAAACUGCCAUACACAGCUAUCAAUCCUUCAAUUAAAAGUAUAAGAAAUGCAAGGCCUAAGAGACUAUCUAUUGCAGAUGGUAAUGCUCUUGGUAACAACACAUUUACACUCCAGCCAACUAUACCUGAAAAACCAAUGCAAAUAAAAAGAUUAAUGCCACCAAAGCAGCAUAAAGGCAAAGACAGGCCGUUUGCUGGUCGCAAAGACAUGGAAGCACGCAACAUUGCUCUUCGUGAUGCCAGAGCUGACUCAGCUUUUGGGGAGAAUGCUGUACUAAAAUUAAAGCAUCCAAUCCCCAAACGAAGCACUCCUGUACACGAUGACUCCAUUGAAGAACCUCCUCCCCCUCCUGCUCUUCCUUCUCCUUCUCCCGCUAAACAAAAAGAGGAAGAGAGGGAGCAGCAAAAAGAAGAACCUGUACCAUCAACUAGACAGGAGUCGAAACUGCAGUCUCCAGAGCUACCCCCUCCUCCUCAAUCAAAGGAAGGAAAGAAGGAGCAAGAUAAUGAAGAAAUACCUGAAACAGAAGACAUUAUUAUAGAAAAACCUAUCGAUCAGGAAGAAGCUGCUGAAGUUACUGAAGAAGCAACAGCCGAGGGAGAAGAAACCAAAGAUCCUCCUUCCUCUACUCCCAUACCUUUACAAAAACAAGACACUACAGCUAUUGAACUGCAAGGAGCUACUACACAGCAAUCUGUCGAUCUCUCUGUAGCAAGAGUGAGCGGACCAGGGACUAAGGAAAAUACACCAAAAGCUUCGGCAACUAAUCUAGCAGAGACAGAUGAGAAUGCAGAAACCUCUUCAUAAAUGUAUUGUGUAUGUGUAUAUGUGUGGUGUGUGUGUGUGUAUUAUUAUUAUUAUAUGUGCAUGUACAUAAUGGCAGCAGCAAUAUGAAUUUAUAAGUAUUAUUCCUUGUUAUUUUGCUCCUUUCUCUCCACUCUCUCACUCCAAUAAACUUCUUGAUUUUAGUUGGAAUAUUAAAUAAUUAUUAUAAAAUCUA